CUGUGAAUGAAAUGCUGUUUCUCAAUGCUGUUUCAGGUAUUGAAGUCAUCCAGGGAUAAGCCAGAUUGUCUUCCUACGGCAGAAGCGGAACCUCUGGACUUGUGCCAGACGCCAGCCCUGAAGGAGAUCAAACAAGAGGAGGACUUGGAUGUUACCAUGCAGGAAAGUAAUUUGAGGAAGGAGAAGACCCACACAGAAGUUUCUGGAGACGUGCAGCCAUAUUGGAUGUUGUCAGGGAACUGCGACCAGCACGUUUCCCCCCACCCUGAUUUUUGCGAAGCCUCCGAGAGCCGCAUGGGAAGCGGACCCGAGAAUGAAAGCUCAGUUCAUUGUCCUCAAGGCUGUUGCAAACAAUUCAAUGGAACAACCGACCACCAGAGAAUCUUCAAAGGUGAGGGGCGGAUCUCUUGCACUGAGUGUGGGCAGCUUUGUAGAAGUGAUCAUGGUGAAGAUUGGAGAAUCCACUUGGAAGAGAAACCUUACGAAUGCUCGCAUUGUGGGAAGAGGUUCAGCCGGAAAGCCGACCUUGUCAGUCAUCAGAGAAUACACACAGGGGAGAAACCGUACAAAUGCCCAGACUGCGGGACCAGCUUCAGCGACUGCUCAAGCCUCAGCAGGCACCGCAGGACCCACAGCGACGAGAGGCCCUACAUCUGCUCGGAGUGUGGGAAGAGCUUCGCUCAGAGAGCAAACCUCAUUAAGCAUCACCGGACCCACACAGGGGAGAGGCCUUACACCUGCUUGGAGUGCGGGAAGAGCUUCAGCCAGCAGUCAAACCUGAUCUUGCACAGGAGGACGCACACGGGAGAGAGGCCCCACAAGUGCCCCGAAUGUGGGAAAGGCUUCAGCCGGAGGUCUCACCUCCGCGUCCACGAGAGAGCUCACACCGGAGAGAAGCCCUUCCUGUGCUCGGUUUGCGGGAAAGGCUUCAGCCGGAGGCCGAAGCUGGUGACGCACCAGAGAAUCCACACGGGAGAGAAACCGUACGAAUGCUCCGACUGUGGCAAAGGUUUCACGGGAGCCUCUAGUCUGAACAGGCAUAAGCGGAUUCAUUCCGGGCAGAUCCCACAGGUCCCCCCACGGCAACUGAUUUUUAACAGAAGUCAUGUUUUGAACUGAGCAAUGGUUUUGAGGGAGGGCAGCACACAGUGUUCAGUAGGCCCCAAAGACCUACAGGCCCCAACGACUCACUUCUAUGCACAAUGGACUCUGGUGUCAUCGUUUGAGCGUCCGGUGAAGACUGU